AGGAAUAAAGGAGCCCCUAUUCUCCUGCCUGGGCUGCAGACAGCUGCCCCCUCCCACAGCUGCCAGGGCCGCCUACCUCUCUUGGCAUCACUCUUGCCCUCGAUGGAGGGGAGCCGACCUCGCAGCAGCCUGAGCCUGGCCAGCAGCGCUUCCACCAUCUCCUCACUCAACAGCCUGAGCCCCAAGAAGCCCACCCGGCCAGUAAACAAGGUCCAUGCCUUUGGGAAGAGGGGCAAUGCGCUGAGGAGGGACCCCAACCUGCCCGUGCACAUCCGCGGCUGGCUUCACAAGCAGGACAGCUCGGGGCUCCGUCUAUGGAAACGCCGCUGGUUUGUCCUCUCCGGCCACUGCCUCUUUUAUUACAAGGACAGCCGCGAGGAGAGCGUCCUGGGCAGCGUCCUGCUCCCCAGCUACAAUAUUAGGCCAGAUGGGCCGGGAGCCCCCCGAGGGCGGCGCUUCACCUUCACCGCAGAGCAUCCGGGCAUGAGGACCUACGUUUUGGCCGCUGACACCUUAGAAGACCUGCGGGGCUGGCUACGGGCGCUGGGCCGGGCCUCCCGAGCGGAGGGGGACGACUUUGGGCAACGCAGGUCACCCGCACGUCCCCAGCCUGGGGAGGGCCCUGGCGGCCCCGGUGGUCCCCCAGAGGUGAGCAGAGGGGAAGAGGGGCGCAUCUCAGAAUCACCGGAGGUGGCUCGACUCUCCAGAGGUCGUGGUAGACCCAGGCUGCUCACUCCCAGCCCCACAACCGACCUCCAGUCUGGACUCCAGAUACGGAGGGCGAGGAGCCCCGAUCUGUUCACCCCACUCUCUCGCCCUCCCUCACCUCUCAGUCUCCCCCGUCCCCGUUCUGCUCCUGCGCGGCGACCCCCUGCCCCCUCAGGAGACACAGCACGGCCUCACACCCCGCUGAGUCGCAUCGAUGUCCGGCCUCCUCUGGAUUGGAGCUCCCAACGCCAGACCCUCUCCCGGCCCCCCACUCCCCGCCGAGGACCUCCCUCUGAGGCUGGAGGAGGAAAGCCCCCCAGGAGUCCCCAGCACUGGAGUCAGGAACCCAGAACACAGCCAGGUCCUCCCCUGGAGUCAACUUUCCACCAAAGCUUGGAGACAGAUACGCUGCUGACCAAGUUGUGCGGCCAGGACCGGCUCCUGCGGAGGCUGCAGGAGGAGAUAGACCAGAGGCAGGAGGAGAAGGAGCAGCUAGAAGCAGCCCUGGAGUUGACCCGGCAGCAGCUAGGCCAAGCCACCAGGGAGGCUGGGGCUCCCGGGAGGACCUGGGGCCGCCAGCGCCUCCUGCAAGACAGGCUGGUCAGUGUGAGGGCUGCCCUCUGUCACCUGACUCAGGAGCGAGAGAGGGUUUGGGACACGUACAGUGGCCUGGAGCAGGAGCUGGGCACCUUAAGAGAGACCCUGGAGUAUCUGCUGCACCUCGGUUCUCCCCAGGACAGAGUGUCUGCUCAGCAGCAGCUGUGGAUGGUGGAAGACACGCUGGCAGGUCUGGGUGGCCCCCAGAAACCGCCCCCACACACUGAGCCUGACUCCCCAUCUCCCGUGCUCCAGGGCGAGGAGUCCUCAGAGAGGGAGAGCCUGCCUGAGUCCUUGGAACUGAGCUCCCCUCGGUCCCCCGAGACUGACUGGGGGCGGCCUCUUGGAGGUGACAAAGACCUCUCCAGCCCUCGCUUAGGUACUGGGUCUCCAAGGGUCUCCCGGGCUUCCAGCCCUGAGGGUCACCACCUCCCUUCCCCACAGCUGGGAACCAAGGCCCCGGUGGCCCGGCCCCGGAUGAGUGCCCAGGAGCAGCUGGAGCGGAUGCGAAGAAACCAGGAAUGUGGACGGCCCCUCCCUCGCCCGACCUCCCCCCGGCUCCUCACCCUGGGGAGGACACUGUCCCCAGCCAGACGCCAGCCUGACAUGGAGCAAAGGUCCGAAGAACAGCACCCCUUACUUGCCGACUUCCGAAGGCCACCGGGAGCGAGUUCUCAGCCUCUCCCAAGCCCUGGCUACUGAGGCGUCGCAGUGGCACAGAAUGAUGACGGGUGGAAAUUUGGACUCCCAGGGAGACCCUCUCCCACGUGUGCCGCUGCCUCCGUCGGACCCCAAGCGCCAGGAGACCCCUCCCCCCAGAUCUCCCCUGGUGGCUAAUUCGGGUUCCACCGGGUUCUUCCGCAGAGGCAGUGGGCGUGGCGGAGGCCCCGCCCCCUGGGGGCCCACGUGGGAUGCCAGGAUCGCCCCUCCGGUCCUGCCCCAAGACGAGGGGGCGUGGCCUUUGCGCGUCACUCUUCUACAGUCCAGCUUUUAACCCUCCCAAAGGCGGCAGCCAAUCGGAGCAUAAGGACGUGACCCGGAGGUACCGCCGGAGAGAUCUGGGACCACUCAGGGCAUCAGGGGGCGUGGUCUGGUCGCUGUCGCCGGCCCGGGAUGGGAAUGGUUUCUAUGGCCAAAGUUUGGUUUUCUCAACACUGUCUAAACUUGGAUUAAAACUUUGAACUUGUA